CGAAAUUUCUCGAAGCUCAGUUUCGGCGUAAUUCCUGAAUAGUAUGGCGUCUUACCCGAUCAUUCAGGAACGUGAGGGGGAAUGGACCUCCAAUGAAAUGAUUGAAAUCCUAGGCUUUAGAAUUCCAGCGUUUUUUGUGUAUGGCUCUCAAGGUCCUGAGUUGCUGUGCGACUUCAUCACUAAUUUUCAGACGAAACCUGAUGAUGUAUUUAUUGUCAGUUACCCUAAGUCAGGUGAGCUAAUUUUUAAUAGUGUAUGACUCGGAGCUUGGAAAGAUUUUCGAAUAAUCCCAUACUAUUCUUGCUGAGCUGCAUUCUCAAAAGUAUCUUAUCGCUUUCGCCUUUGUUUUCAUUUAUCCAAGCAUUGCGUACGCAAUGAAGUAUGGGAUUCUAAACGAAUAUUGCCCAGAGCUUUUGUGAAUAAUCUUAAACCCGACGUUGCUGGCGACACAAUUGUCUCGAUGUAUUUUUUAAUUUAAGGGACCACUUGGGUUCAAGAAAUUGUCUGGCAGAUUUACCACGAUGGUGAAAUCAGUCAUAAUGUUCUUGGAGAUCGCAUCUUGUACAUAGAAAAAGCUUUAUUACCAGAAUCAACUCAUCUUGAUAUUAAAAGUAUGCCGAGCCCUCGUCUGUUUAAGAGCCACCUGUCUUAUGAUGCGAUUCCUAAGAGUACAGACGAGGCCAAGACAACCUGUAAAUAUAUCUACGUCGCUCGCAACCCCAAGGAUGCUGCAGUCUCAAGCUACAAAUUUAUGGGUAGCUUUGGCACAAACGGAAUGAAUGCACCAUGGGAAUUUUAUGCGAAACUAUAUAUCGAGGGUAAAAGUAAGUACAUGAAAUGUUUUCAAAUUGCGUUUAUUUCGACCACAGAGGAGAACCUUGGUCAUGGAAGACCUUUCACUGCCUCCUCCCCCCUAUCGCCGCCUUUACUUCCAGAAUCAAACAUUGCCGGUUAAAUAUAAAAUCACGAAAUUCUUAACGGUAACUCGCCCAAACAAUAAGCCAGCACUGCAGGCUAUCAGUUUGAUAAACUUUUUUAUUUUCCUUUUCUUUGUCCUUAAUUAAUACUAGUUAUUCCGUGAAUCAGGUAGUUAACGAAAUCCUUUGCUCCUCGCUGGAACUAUGUUCAGUAUUGUCAGUACGUGUAAAACAUCUGUUUUGCCGUUCAGCUUGAGUGCUUAUCAGGCAAAUAAAUUCCCUUUAAUCAGCAGUUUACAACAAAUGGAGUGAUCAUGUUCUUGGAUGGUGGAAGCACAGACAUGAUCCUAACGUUCUGUUCCUUAAAUAUGAAGACCUGCAGAAGGUAUGAAAAUUUCCCUCUUACUUCUGUAUGCUUACCACAGAGUCCUUAACCUUACAUCUGUUCUCAUUGACACACUUUUUUAUUUACACUUUCAGAUAAUCAAUAUUACAUUGGCUGACCCGUAAAUAGCUACAUUUAGUCUAACGCGGGUCAUGUUUAAUCUUAAGUAGUUGUGUGAACUACUAAAAUAUUAAACAAAUUUUACUACCAAGAAAUAUGUCGAAAAGGAAAAUAUCAGGUGAUGAUCCUGAACGGUUUCAUAAAUUGAUUUUUUUUUUAGCUCCGCAAAAUUGGCGUAAUGCAUUUCCAUGUAAUGUGAUUCUGAAUAUGUUCUGAUAACCGGAGUAAGGUGAACCAAUCAGGACACUAGAAAAUACAACAUUUAGAGUUAAAAUUUUAAUUAAUAACAAAGGAUAAUCGGAGUGCACUCUCAACGCUAUCCACUAUUUUUGUAUUUACUAAAACAUUCCAACCAGUUUUAAGCCAUCAUCCGGGGGAUGGUGGAGAAAUGCAUAAUACAUGACCGCUUGAUACAACUUCCCCAAUAUAGGGGUAUAAUAGAAAACGAUGAAAACAUCAUUCUAUGCCAUGAUUGAUCACUUAAUGUACAAAAACUCGCUAAAACGUACUACUAACAUCGAUUUCAGGGGAUAAACAGGAUUAAAUUUUACUUACAGUACAAUGACAGUAGGUAAAGGAAACAUUUUAGGGACUUUGAAAACCUACCGCGAAAUACGGAGUGAACGCUUAGUACAGUACCGCUCAAUAUAGGUUCUAAGAUGUUAGAUGGAACACAAUUAUUAGUGGUCAAAAAAGCGAGUCAAAAACAAAAAAAUCACUGAAAAAAAAUGUGAUGUUAUCGCGCCGCACGGAAAUCUGGGACAGAGGCGCACGUAAAAGGCGUAUACUACUUUUAUGUGCGCCUCAGUCCCAGAGUUCCGCACGGUGCGCUAACAUUAAUUUUUUUUCUUCGCCGUUUCUAUUUUUUUUUUCUUUGACUCGCGCCACGGAAUUUACCCGGAAAAGGAGGAAGUUCUCGUAGUCUCAAAUAUUAGCCACGUCAAGCAUGAAAUAAGAUAAUAAUGACUUCAUAGUAUAGAAAGUUUAUAGGUAAAACAUCAGCGUCGAUAAAGAGAGAAACAGCAUGAUAGUUUCUGUCAGUGUAUAUGAAGCGUAGGGCUCUGUCAGUGUAUAUGAAGCGUAGGGCUCUGUCAGUGUAUAUGAAGCGCAGGGCUCUGUCAGUGUAUAUGAAGCGUAGGGCUCUGUCAGUGUAUAUGAAGCGCAGGGCUCUGUCAGAGUAUAUGAAGCGUAGGGCUCUGUCAGUGUAUAUGAAGCGCAGGGCUCUGUCAGUGUAUAUGAAGCGUAGGGCUCUGUCAGUGUAUAUGAAGCGUAGGACUCUGUCAGUGUAUAUGAAGCGCAGGGCUCUGUCAGUGUAUAUGAAGCGUAGUGCUCUCUCUUUGUAGAGUUAAGACUUUGUUCAAAUGUGUCUGAUUGGCAAGAACUAUGUGGGCUCAGGGGCUAAUCGUGCUCAUAGUUAAGUUCAUGUCAUUUAGAGUCUGUGCGAGUAAAAGAGGAAAUUAUUAUUGCCCCAGACCGAAUCAACAGUCAGGGUCUAAAAAUAACUGAAUAGGACGUGCUGUCUUUGCUAGCUAUGACAUCUCCAGAUCGGGUUAGACGUCUUAAGCUUCUCGGGUAAAGACGAAACACCGUAGGCCCCGUCUCCUGUGUCUCCUCUGUACUGGUUUGCAGGAGACGUCCAUGAGUUUACGCACUUCUCACAAAGUCUAGAGAACGUAGCUCCCAGUGUUGUGGUCUGGUUUUGUUUCCAAAAAGUUCCAAAAUUGAGGGAACCUGCAAAAUUCUCUUUCAAAAAUUGUAAUCUACUCAAUACAAAGUCCCCUGCAAAGUAUGGUUGAGCCAAAUAAAUGAGUCUUUAUAUCAUUAUUAUUAAUCAUUAUUAUUACUAUGAUUUAUUUUUUUAGGAUCUUCAGUCCAACGUUCGCAUGAUUUCCAAAUUUCUCAAUAAGCCACUGUCAGAAGAAGUUAUUAGUCUAAUAACUGAACAGUGCACCUUCAAAGGAAUGAUGAAGAACGUUCAAAGCUUCACGUUGGGAGACAAGAUAGAGGGACCAAAGUUUCUUUGCAAGGGUGUGGUUGGUAACUGGAAGGAACACUUCACCCCAGAGUUAAACCAGAGAUUUGAAAAGGAAGUAUUAGCGAAAUUGAAAGGAUCUGGAUUAGAGUUUGACUUUGAAUUGUGACAUACCAUUUACUGCAAUGCUCUAAUGACUGUAUUUAUAGAGAUGAUUGUUUUCGAGUUUCUCACAAAAACAUCAUCUGAGGCUUGAGAAGUGGAGGUACUUUCACCAAUCAGUUGAUGCAGGACAUGUCGCUUUCACCAAUCAGAUUGCAUUGGCUACUAUUAGUUUCCACUGGUUAUGGUUCAGAAUUUCGCCAGUAGCUCGAUGCAUUAACCGUUUCUGAUGAUACGACAUCUUCCCUUCUGCAUAAUAUGUGAAUGUCGUGUUUAGUUCAAGGUGAAAACGAGACUAUAUUCAAGGCUGUCGCGGUUUUCUUGCCUAGCGGACGUAAACCAUAGUGAUUUCACGUUUUUGUUCUCAGUGGGACGGCUAAGAAAUGUAGAAAAUUUUAAAACGCACAUGUUGUGUUAUUGCUCUGCUCAUUAGAUCUUUGGUUUCGCUACAUUCCCGUGGUCGUCGCCGCCGU